AGGCCACACCCCAGAUCUCGCGAGAUCUGAGAAGCGGAAAAAACGGCGUCGACGUGAACCUGAUCCUACGUUGCCGAGGAAGUCGCCCCUGCUGGAGCCGGAGCCACCGAAGGCACGAGAAUCAGAAGUUGAGCCGAGUGGAAGAUGGAGGAACUGUCCAGCCCUGGCCCGGACAGGCUGGCCACUGCAGAGUCCAGCUCCAGUGAGCCCGACAAGGAGGUGGCAUCUCCAGAUGUGGCAGCUACUGCCACUUUCUCCUCUGUCGAGGAGCCGGGCCCUAACCAGACAGACGUGCCACCAGUGUGGGAUCGCGGAGGACCUCCGCAGCAGGUUGCCUCUCCAGCCCCAGACAGCUGUCAGCCUGGCUCAGCCAGCACAGGUGUGGGAACCAAUGAAGACCUGAGGUUGCCCAGACGACGUCCACCACCAGGGAAGCAGAUACCCUGCUCUAGCCCUGGCUGCUGCCUCAGUUUCCCCAGUGUUCGUGAUCUGGCGCAGCAUCUCCGUACCCACUGCCCACCCACACAGUCACUGGAAGGCAAGCUCUUCCGAUGCUCAGCCCUGAGCUGCAGUGAGAGUUUCCCCAGCAUGCAGGAGCUGGUAGCCCACGGCAAGCUUCAUUACAAGCCCAAUCGCUACUUCAAGUGUGAAAAUUGCCUCUUGCGCUUCCGCACUCACCGCUCGCUCUUCAAGCAUCUGCAUGUUUGUGCAGAGCAUGCUCAGAGCCCAGCCCCACCACCGCCCCCUGCCCUGGAUAAAGAGCCACCUGUGCCCGAGCGUCCCCCAGAGUCCGACCCUUCGUCUGCUCUGGGCCUACCAUUCCCACUACUUGAGCCGUUCACCUCUGCCCCUACUGGGCCCUUCCUUCCCUACUUGAAUCCUGCACCCUUUGGCCUGAGUUCCCCUCGCCUGCGCCCUUUCCUGGCUGCUGCUCCAGGGCCACCAGCCUCUAGCUCUGCGGUCUGGAAAAAGAGUCAAGGUGCUGCUGGCAGUCCAAGAAGACCGCAGGGCGGCUCUGAUGCGCCCUCAGGUGCGUGCAGGUGAUCACCAGGGCAGGGUGGAGGGGCCUUCUUCAUUCCUGUGCCCUGCAUGGGCCCUGUGAAUGCUGGGAAGCAGCAGUGUCUGUCUCUUAAAAUACAUGAUUUUUACCUUAAAAUGACUGGCAUCUAUGCUUUCAUCUGCACCGGCAUUCCUUUGUAAAAAACUUGCGCCUUCUCCAUCCCUGAGUGGUCCUUUCCUGUGGUGGGUCCAGGGAUGGGAGCCAAACUUGGUGCCUUCAGUGUUGGGCAGUUAAGCCCAGGAGAAAGGAUCCAGCCUGCCUGGACCCUGGAAGCUGAGGGGGAUGGACACAGGGAAACAUCUGAUCUGUU